AUGGCGAUGCUGCAGGUCAAGCUGGGUGCGGCGCUGGAGGAUAGAGAAUCUGCGCUGAAGCGGGUGGGGCUCGAGAGGGACGUGGCGAUGGCGAAGGGGGAGCUGGGGGGCGCCGUAGCCGGGAAGGAAGAGGCGGACAGGCAGAUAGAGAUUUCCGAGGUGGAAAUGAGGAAGUUGAGGGGAGACCUGAGCAGGGCGUUGGGCAAGAACGAGGCGUACGAGCAACGAUGCGAGGAGCUGGAGGCGGAGCUCAAGGAGCACCGCGAUGAACUAAUGAUGGCCAAGAAGAAUGCAAUGAGGAUAGGAACUCAGGGCAGGAAGAUGGAGGCCGAGCGCCGGGCCCUUGAGGCCAGACUCGCGGCCUCUGAGGAGCGCGCGGAAGCGAGCGCCGCGGCCUGCAGCCAGUGCGAGGAGAAGCUUCGCGCCGCGGAAGCGUCGGCGAGACGCAUGGAGCGGGAGCUGAAAACCGAGUGCGAGAGGCAUGGGCGGGACGGGGCGGACCUGCUGGCCGCCAACCAGGAGAUCGAAGCGCUCAGGAAGGAGAACGACCGUGUGGUCGAGGAGUGCCGGGACUUGCGCCAUUUUGAGGCUGGGAGGAACAAAACCAUCUUCGAACAGAAAACGGCCAACGCCAGGCUGGUCGUUCAACUGGGACAGGCCAAAUCUGCGAUCGAGAAGCUUCAAGAGGAGCUGCGCGUCGCCAAGCGUGGGGAGAAGGAGAUGCAGGCGGUUUUGCACGCGUUGAGGAGGGACGUGAAAAGUUGCGGGUGGGAGCCAGCCAAGAUGGACGCCCUGCUGAAGCAAACAAAGGAGGAGUUUAACAUGGAUUACGCAAGGGCCAAGAACGAGCGCCUGGAGAAGGAGCGCGCCCAGAUGAAACAAGAAAUCAAGGUCCUCAAGGGCGAGCUGACCAAAGCGAAGGGCGUCCAGGCGUAG